AAGCUGGCAAGAGGAGACGCGGCGUAAAAAAAGAGGGGCUCGCCGGCUCCAACUCCCUCCGCGCCAUGCUGCCCUGGAGACGGAAUAAGUUUGUUCUGGUGGAGGAUGAGGCCAAGAGUAAGCCCAAGAGCCUGGGGACGGGGCUGACCUACCACUCCAUCCUCUCCUCUUUGCUGCGCUCCUGUCCCGACCUGCUGCCCGACUGCCCGUUCGACUGGGUGGGCAGCAUCUUCCACACCAAACGGCAGAAGGUGGAACUGAACAAAGAGGAGCCUGUUUACAACGUGCGCUACCUGGGAAGCGUGGUCACCAUCACAGCCAAGGGAGACGGCUGCACCCAGGAGGCGGUGGCCAAGAUCUGGGCGAGGAGCAACUACGGGGAUCAGAGCGUGAAGAUGAGGUUGACCGUGGGAUCGCAGGGCAUCCGGAUGAGCGCCGACAAAUCCGGGAAGAAGAAGCCCGUUCAUCUGUACUCCCUGAACAGGAUCACCUACUGCACUGCCGACCCCAGCCGGCCCAAAAUCCUGGCUUGGAUCUACAGGCACCAGGUCAAGAACAUGGCGGUGGUGCUCCGGUGUCACGCCGUCCUGGUCAGCAAGUCGGAGAAGGCCCAGGCGAUCGCCAACAGCCUGUACCAGAACGCCACCUCCGCCUUCAGCGAGUUCAAGAGGCUCAAGCGUCAGAGCGACUUCCGGCACUGCCAGCAGCAGCUGCUGGGUGAGGAGGCGGUGCCCCUCAUGCCGCUCCGGAGGCUGCUCAACGGCCAGUGCCACUACAGACCGCCCGCCGACAACCCCGGGAGUGCCACCCGCCUCUGCUCCAUCACAGAGGAAGAGGAGGAGGAGGAGGAGGAGGAGGAGGAGUGCGAUAACAAAGACAAGAGUGAGGAGGAAAAAGAGCCUGAGAUGGAACAAGAGAAACAGAAGGUUUUAAUAACAAACACAGACCCGACGCAGUUGCUGUCGGAGCUGGACAUCGGGGAUAUUGCCCAACUGGAACAGUGCCAAAUCAACUUUGUGAGCGACAGCAACAACAACACUUUUACAUUUAUAACCUCUCUGGUGUGACAGUUUAAAAACAAAUUGCAGCACGAUAGUAAACAUUCCUCCGUCUGUUCCGUCACCGGUACCCCACUCAGGCUCCCUCCUGCCCCGUCCUCCUCCUCAUGUGAAGUGUUUACCAGGAGCGUCUCCGACGACCAGG